AUGGCUCCUCCAACAGCACCACCUAUUCUGGAUUUCUCACCCUUCUACGGAGGGGAUAGCGCUGCCAAAUCGAAAUUGAUUGAAGAGGUACGCAAAUGUUGCCACUACAACGGCUUCUUCCAAAUCACCGGCCAUCGCGUGCCACUGGACCUGCAGCGCCGUGUCAUGGAUUGCUCUAGACGAUUUUUCGAUCUUCCUCUAGAGGAAAAGCUCAAAAUCGACAAGCAAAACAAUUCAUUCAACAGGGGCUACGAACUACUCCGAUCGCAAAUGUUAGAGGUGGGCACCGGGCCCGAGCUAAAGGAAGGUCUAUACAUCGGCGAAGAAAUCCCAGAAGGUCAUCCAUACUUUUUGGAGAAGAAGUUGAACAGUGGCCCCAAUCAAUGGCCUCCUACAGUUCCCAACAAGCAAGAAUUCCAGGAAACGACUAUGCAAUACUAUCACGCGGUGUUUGAUCUGGCGAAAGAUGUCUUGGGUGUUAUUGCCCAGACAUUAGGUGUCGAAUCAACCUUCUUCGACCCCCUCACAGCCGGCGCCGUCGCAACAAUGCGAUAUCUGCACUACCCCGCCCAGCCCGAAGAUACAGAUGAGAAGCUGAAUCGAGGCAUCGGGGCGCAUACCGACUUCGGAUGCAUUACUCUUCUUCUCCAGGAUGAUGUCGAUGGCUUGCAAGUCCUCGAUGCACCAUCAGGACAAUGGCUAGACGUAAGUAGCAGGGUGUACAUGUCGAAGCCUUCCACUGAGAACAUGCACCAGGUCAAACCAGUCCCGGGUGCCUAUGUCGUGAACCUGGGUGACCUUUUCAUGCGCAUGGCGAACGACAAAUAUAAAUCCAACACUCAUCGCGUGAUUAACAAAUCUGGGAAGGAGCGAUACUCGAUUCCGUUCUUCUUCAGUGGAAACCCAGACUAUGUAUGCGAGUGCUUGCCGAACUGUCGUGAGGAGGGUGAGGCUGCCAAGUAUGGCCCUACCACUGUGCAAGAUAUGGUGACGGUGUCCUAUAAGGAGAGUUAUGGUCGCGCCGAGAAAUUCAAGAAAGAAUCCACUUUGAAUAGGGUGGAGGUUGCACCGACGAGCGUUAUUGCGGCAAUUGGAGCUUAG